AUGGCAGCGUUUAAAAUCCUAACUGCUUAUUUGAAGCCAAGGCGCGCCCGCCUACCUACGCUUACCUACUUACGUUCACUUGCCUACGCCCACCUGCCCAUGCCCACCUGCUUACGUUCACUUGCCUAUGCCACCUGCCUACGCCCACCUGCCUACGCCACCUGCCAUGCCCACCUGCCUACGUGCCCACCUGCUACCCACCUACCUACGCCACCUGCCUACGCCCACUGCCCACUGCCUACCUACCUACCUCCUACUGCCCACCUGCCUACGCCACCACCUACACUACCCACCCUCCCUACGCCCACCUGCCUACGCCCACCUGCCACGCUCCCCUACCUACGCAUGCCUACGCCCACCUGCCUACGCCCACCUACCUACGCCCACCUACCUACGCACCUGCCUACGCCCACCUGCCUACGCCCACCUGCCUACGCCCCCACCUGCCCAUGUCGCCUACCUACGCUCCCUGCCUACCCCACCCUGCCUAUGCCCACCUACUUAUGCCCACCUACCUACGGCCACCUACCUACGCCCACCUACCUACGCGCCACCUGCCUAUGCCCACCUACCUACGCCCACCUGCCUACGCCCACCUGCCUACGCCCACCUGCCUAUACCUACCUACGCCCACCUGCCUAUACCUACCUACGCCUACCUACGCCACCCUACAUGCGCCCACCUACCUACCACACCUGCCUAUGCCCACCUACCUACGCCAUCUACCUACGCCACCUGCCUACGCCCACCUAUUGUGCUGUGCUGGCGCAGCGGUAA